AUGGCAGCCGCGAAGAAAGCAGUUUGGGCGCCAUUGGUAGGGGCAGUGGACCAGGGCACCAGCUCCACGCGUUUUUUGGUUUUCAAUUCAAAAACAGCCGAACUACUUAGUCACCAUCAAGUGGAAAUAAAACAAGAAUUUCCAAGAGAAGGAUGGGUGGAACAAGACCCUAAGGAAAUCCUGCAGUCUGUCUAUGAGUGCAUAGAGAAAACGUGUGAGAAACUUGGACAGCUCAAUAUUGAUAUUUCCAACAUAAAAGCUAUUGGUGUCAGUAACCAGAGAGAAACCACUGUAGUCUGGGACAAGUUAACUGGAGAGCCUCUUUACAAUGCUGUAGUAUGGCUUGAUCUAAGAACCCAGUCUACCGUUGAGAGUCUUAGUAAAAGAAUACCAGGAAAUAAUAACUUUGUCAAGUCCAAGACAGGCCUUCCACUUAGCACUUACUUCAGUGCGGUGAAACUUCACUGGCUUCUUGAAAAUGUGAAAAAAAUUCAAAAGGCUGUUAAAGAAGAUACAGCCCUUUUUGGGACCAUCGAUUCAUGGCUUAUUUGGAGUUUGACAGGAGGAGCCAAUGGAGGUGUCCACUGUACAGAUGUUACAAAUGCAAGCAGGACGAUGCUUUUCAACAUUCAUUCUUUGGAAUGGGAUAAAGACCUCUGUGACUUUUUUGAUAUUCCAAUGAAAAUUCUUCCAAAUAUCCGGAGUUGUUCUGAGAUCUAUGGCCUAAUGAAAGCUGGGACCUUGGAAGGUGUGCCAAUAUCUGGAUGUUUGGGGGACCAGUCUGCUGCAUUGGUGGGACAAAUGUGCUUCCAGGAUGGACAAGCCAAAAACACGUACGGAACAGGAUGCUUCUUACUGUGUAAUACAGGCCAUAAGUGUGUAUUUUCUGAUCAUGGCCUUCUGACCACAGUGGCUUACCAACUUGGCAGAGACAAACCAGUAUAUUAUGCAUUGGAAGGUUCUGUAGCUAUAGCUGGUGCCAUUAGUCGCUGGCUAAGAGACAAUCUUGGAAUUAUAAAGACCUCAGAGGAAAUUGAAAAACUUGCUAAAGAAGUAGGUACUUCUUAUGGCUGCUACUUCGUCCCAGCCUUUUCAGGGUUAUAUGCACCUUACUGGGAUCCCAGUGCAAGAGGGAUCAUCUGUGGGCUCACUCAGUUCACCAAUAAAAGUCAUAUUGCUUUUGCUGCAUUAGAAGCUGUUUGUUUCCAAACCCGAGAGAUAUGGGAUGCCAUGAACCGUGACUGUGGAAUUCCACUCAGUCACCUGCAGGUAGACGGAGGAAUGACCAACAACAAAAUUCUUAUGCAGCUACAAGCAGACAUUCUGUAUGUCCCAGUAGUGAAGCCGGCGAUGCCGGAAACAACUGCCUUGGGAGCCGCCAUGGCAGCAGGGGCUGCAGAGGGAGUCGGUGUUUGGAGUCUGGAACCUGAGGAUUUGGCAGUCGUCACGAUGGAGCGCUUUGAACCCCAGAUCAACGCGGAAGAAAGUGAAAUUCGUUAUUCUACCUGGAAGAAAGCUGUGAUGAAGUCAAUGGGUUGGGUGACAACUCAGUCUUUGGAAAGUGGUGACCCUAGUAUCUUCGGCAGUCUACCCUUCGGCUUUUUUAUAGUGAGUAGCAUAGUAAUGCUAAUUGGAGCAAGGUACAUGUCAGGUAUCCUAUAA